CUGUAAAGCGGAGACAACAGCUGAUGCUUUAAUACUUGUGUUGUAAAAUUCUUGCGUUGUAAACAUGGAAAACGAGCAGCCAACAACAAGCGCUAAUGCUGCCAAGGAUCAACCAAGCUAUCAGGAGCACAAUCCCCAACUGGACUCACCGAUGCGUGGACCGACAUUAUCUACGUCGACCUCCAGCUUUGAGGCAUUGGCACACGGCCAUGAUCCAAAUCUUAGCAAAUUGGCCACAAAAAUGUUCCAGAAAACAGAAGAAUACAUAACACACGAGUUGAAUGCACCAUUGGAGGAUUACAAGUUACUCGAGGAGAUGAACAAGGCAACUAUUGCCAAGUACAAAGACAUGCGGCAAAUAGCUGAAAACCUAAACGUAUCCACAAACGAGCUGUGCGGCAAGUUUCAGCAGUUGGCUCCUCUAAUGCAGCAAAUUGAUGAGAUCUCAGAUACUGUGGACAAACUGGAGGCAGCUGCCUACAAGUUGGAUGCAUAUAGCAUAGCACUGGAGAAUCGAGUCAAGUGUGUGCUACAGCGAAAAUCCAGUCAACAUUUAACACAAUAAUUGAGAAUUAUGAAAAAAGCAUAAACAGUACAUUUAUUACAAUAGAUUUUAAGUUUUAUCCAAGUAACAAUUUAAAUAUAAUCGCUACUAUAUUAAGAAAUAUCAGUGGAACUGCAAAGUGUAGAAAAA